GGCUGAGCAGUAAGAUGGCGGACGCUAUGGCUGAGUAUGAGAGAGAUGCUGGAUGUGUUCCUGUUCUUCACCCUGAGGAGCUGAAGCCUCAGAGUCACUAUAAUCAUGGUUAUAGUGAGAAUGUCAGCCGCAAGAAUCACGUGGACGACUAUAGUACUUGGGACAUUGUUAAAGCCACACAGUAUGGUAUAUUUGAGCGGUGUCGUGAGCUGGUAGAAGCAGGGUACGACGUUCGUCAGCCUGAUAAAGAAAAUGUGACACUUUUACACUGGGCUGCUAUUAACAACCGCAUCGACUUGGUCAAAUACUACAUCUCAAAGGGUGCCAUCGUGGACCAGCUGGGAGGAGAUCUGAACUCCACACCCCUGCACUGGGCUACCAGGCAGGGUCAUCUCUCGAUGGUGGUUCAGCUGAUGAAACUGGGGGCAGAUCCAUCUUUGAUUGACGGUGAGGGCUGCACAUGUGUCCACCUCGCAGCUCAGUUUGGCCACACCUCCAUUGUUGCUUAUCUCAUCGCUAAAGGACAGGAUGUUGAUAUGAUGGAUCAGAAUGGAAUGACUCCUCUAAUGUGGGCGGCAUAUCGCACACACAGUGUGGACCCGACACGUUUGUUGUUGACGUUUAAUGUUUCGGUGAAUCUGGGUGAUAAAUAUCAUAAGAACACGGCACUGCACUGGGCAGUUCUCGCAGGAAACACCACUGUAAUUAGCCUGCUGUUGGAAGCUAACGCUAAUGUAGAUGCACAGAACAUAAAGGGAGAGACGGCGCUGGACUUGGCCAAACAGAGGAAAAAUGUGUGGAUGAUAAAUCACUUGCAGGAGGCGAGACAGGCAAAAGGCUAUGACGCACCAUCGUACCUCAAGCGUCUAAAAAUGGACAAGGAGUUCCGGCAGAAGUUGAUGUUGUUCACGCCUUUUGUUGUGAUCUGGUUGGUGGGAUUUAUCGCUGAUCUGGACGUUGACUCGUGGCUUAUUAAGGGACUGAUGUAUGCGGCAGUUUGGAUCACUGUGCAGUUCCUCUCCAAGUCUUUCUUUGAUCACUCCAUGCACAGUACUCUUCCUCUAGGUAUUUAUUUGGCCACAAAGUUCUGGAUGUACAUCACUUGGUUCUACUGGUUCUGGAAUGAUCUUCCUUUCAUCUCCAUCCACCUGCCCUUCCUGCUCAACAGUCUCGCACUCUUCUACAACUUCGGCAAAUCCUGGAAAUCUGAUCCAGGCAUUAUUAAAGCCACAGAGGAGCAGAAAAAGAAGACUAUAGUGGAGCUGGCUGAAUCUGGCAGCUUGGAUCUCAGUAUCUUCUGCAGCACGUGUUUAAUACGGAAGCCCAUCAGGUCCAAACACUGUGCUGUGUGUAACCGUUGCAUCGCCAAGUUUGAUCAUCAUUGCCCCUGGGUAGGAAACUGUGUGGGAAGUGGAAAUCACCGCUACUUCAUGGGUUACCUGUUCUUCCUGUUGUGUAUGAUCUGCUGGAUGAUAUAUGGCUGCAUCUGCUAUUGGAGGCUGCACUGCUCCAGUAGCUACAGCACAGAUGGACUGUGGGUAUUCAUCACUCAGAUCUCGUCCUGCUCUCCCUGGAUGUUCUGGAUGUUUCUCAACAGUGUGUUUCACUUCAUGUGGGUCUCUGUGCUCAUCAUGUGCCAGCUUUACCAGAUUGCUGGUCUGGGCAUCACCACUAAUGAGCGCAUGAAUGCAAGACGCUACAAACACUUUAAAGUCACAGCGACGUCCAUCGAGAGUCCUUUCAAUCAUGGCUGUGUGAGGAACCUGAUUGAUUUCUUUGAGCUGCGUUGCUGUGGGCUGCUGAGACCGACACAUGUCGACUGGACCACCCAGUACACCAUCGAGUAUGACCAGACAUCUGGCUCGGGCUACCAGCUCGUCUAACAAACACACGUGCAUGCAGUGUGUUAGUGAAGAAGGAGGGGAGGAGCCUCAGCUUGGAGGAUGGGAGCAAUGCCUCACUUCAGCUGGAACUGCUUCAUCAAGAGACUACAGGGGACACACACACACACACACACACACACACACACACAC